AUGACCUCACAGUCUCUCCCAUCCCCAUCUCCCCCAGCCAUUUCCACCCACUGCCCUCCCUGCCUCUCAAAGCCACUCCUACCCCGGACACACAAAGGUGAUCCUCCCCAUCAAUUUUCAACCACACCCCUCCCAGCCUCUCCCAGCCAUACAAAGCCAUUCACAGCCACUUCUCUCCCAGCCUCUUCUCCCCCAACCAUUACCAUGCUCUCCCAGCCAUUCCCAGCCUCUCCUAGCCACUCCCAGCUUCUCUCACAGCUAUUCCCAGCCAUUCCCCUCUCAGCCAUUCCCAGCCACUCCAGAUUCAGCUAUUCCCAGUCACUCCUCUCCCAGACAUUCCCAGCCACACCUCUUUCAGCUAUUCCCAGCUAUUUCCAGCCAUUCACAGCCACUCCUCUCCCGGUCUAUCCCAGCUACUUCUCCCCCAGCCAUUCUCAGCCAGUCCCCUCCCAGCCUCUCCUCCCCCAGCCAUCCCCAGCCGCUCCAUUCCCAGCCACUCCUCUUACAGCCAUUCCCAGCCUCUCCCAGUCGCUCCUCUCCCAUCCAUUCCUUGUUAUUCCUCUUCCAGCCAAUGCCAGCCAUUCCUCUCACAGCCAUUCCCAGCCACUCCUCUCCCAGCCAUUGCUAGCCACUCCUUUCCCAGACACUUCUACUCCAGCCAUUCCCAGCCACUCCCUUCCUUGCCCCUCCCACCAAUUCUUCCCCCAACCAUUCCCAGCCUCUCUUAGCCACUCCUCUCCCAACCAUUCGCAGCCACUCCUUUCCCAGCCAUUCAUAGCCAAUCCCAGCCACUACUCUCCCAGCCAUUCCCAGUUACUUAUCUCCCCGGCAGUCCUCUCCCAUGCAGUCAUUCCCAGCAACACAUCUCCCAGCCUCUUCGAGCCAAUCCCAGCCAUUCCCAGCCACUCCUCUCCCAGCCAUUCCUCUCCCAGCUAUUGCCAGCCAUCCCUCUACUAG